AUGAAGAACCCGAAGAAGAGGCGACGGCUACUGCGACAAACAACCUAUUCGGAAGGAGGGAAAGAGAUGAGUCUCAGUUUUGAUGAUGCACCACGAGCUGGUGAUCAGAGGUCUACCGAUAGCGAAUGCUCUUCAGAUAAUGAAAACGAUUUCGGGGUGGACGAAGUUCCUGACAACGAAGUGGACAGAGUGGAGGAUCUCGAUCCUUUGUACCCCUUAGGAGUAGCGAUUGACGAAGAAAAAGACGCCGAGGAAGCAGAAUCCCCUGUUGACAACUCAACGGACAGUAGCCCACAACCUACAAAGAAACGUGGACCAGGACGCCCGCCUAAGAAUGGUGUUAUGUCCAAACGUGAACAACAAAUUGCUAAGAAGGAAGCCCUGGAAAGAGAGAGGAUUCAAGAAGAAGAACGGGCUCAAGAAGAGCAGAGGGUUGAAGAACAAAAUCAAGCAACAGCCUCGAAAACUAUACCUGGUAAAAACAAAGUUGGUAGACCAAGAAAGCAUCCACGACCAGAUGUUACGGAAGAAGGACCACCACGACAAAAACGCAAAUAUACCAAGAGACAAUCAGGCCCUAAGACCCCUGAGGAGGGUGAUGAGGACAGAUUUGAUGAUGAUGGCAAUUGCAUACAAGCCAAAAACGGAAGCUCCAGAAAGGUUGCUUAUGUUUUGAAAGAAGUUACACACAAAAGAGAGGACUUUACUGCGGAUCAACUUUCAAGGCCACCAAAGAAUUAUCUUCAGGUCAUUUUUGAGCUUCUACAGGAAGCAGAGCAGCCUUUGUGUCUCCCACAAAUCUAUAACGAGAUGGAGGUCCAGUAUCCGUAUUACGCCUUUCAAGAAUCAAAGGGGUGGCAAAGCAGUGUGAGGCAUAAUUUAGGACAGCAUGAAUGUUUUGAACGUACUAAACGUGCUGGUAAAGGCUGGGCUUGGACUCUGAAACCCGGUUCCAGUUAUCUAAAGGAGAAGAAGAAGAGAGCACCCUCACCUCCAGUUGCAGGUGGAAAUCAACCAAUAUAUCAAGCUGGCCCACCAGUUUCUGGUUACGGUCAGCCUCCGCCUGGAUAUAUGUUGAAUCCCAAUUUAUAUCACAAUCAGAUGAACCCACAUGCACAAGGGGAGUAUCAACAAUAUCAACCAGGCCAGCCUUACAUGGGCCCAAAUCCUCACUAUUCUCCUUAUCCUCCUCAGGGUUAUCAUCCACCUCAAGUCAUUCAGCCACCUUUCAUUUCUCCAAUGGCACCUCAAUUGGUACCUUCUGCGCCUGCUUCUUAUAGUUCCCCCUAUGCUCCGAAGCCACCUGCCGCUGGAACACAAUCUCAAGGCACUCAACAGCAACCUCCACAGCAAACUUCGCAACAGCAACCUCAACAACAACAGGCCCAACAACAACAGUCUCAACAUCAACAGGUCCAACAUCAACAGGUCCAACAACAACAGCCUCAACAUCAACAGGUCCAACAACAACAGCCUCAACAUCAACAGGUCCAACAACAACAGGUCCAACAACAACAGGUCCAACAACAACAGGUCCAGCAACAACAGCCUCAACAUCAACAGGUCCAACAGCAACAGCCUCAACAGCAACAGCAUCCGCAUCCGCAUCCGCAAAAUCCACAACAUCAACACCCAUAUCCACAGCCUCAACAGCCUCACUAUCAACCACCGCAGCCACCGAAAACGAACCAAGCACCAGUGCAAUCACAGCAACCACAACCACCAACUGGUCACCAAACCCAGACAGCUGCUCAUGCUGCACCACAAGUUGCGCACGGAGCUUUACCAGCCGCGACUCCUCAAAAAAGAGUCAUUCCUCCUAACCUGGUCGCUGCCAUAACUGCUUAUCGUAAUCAUGUUGCCAACUUGAUCCGAAAACGAGCUCCAAAUGAUGCUGAGGCCAUUGUUGACAAGGCCAUAAAUCGAGUCUAUGAUGGCACCGAAGAAGAUCGUUCUCUUGAUAGUACUGAACAUGAGAUGAAACUUAUCAAUGGUGUUCUCAAUAUUCUUAAGUUGCCCCCUGUUCCUCGUGCACCUCCUGCAAACCAAAUUCAUGCUCAACCACAACCUGCUGUACCGCAACAGGUUCCCCAGCCGCCGAUUAAUCAGAACAAACCUCAAGGCAACAUAGCUCAACAACCUGGAAAACCCAUUGGGGCAGACCUUCCAAAACAAACGAUCAUGCGACCAUCGUUUUUUGGAACCCAUCAAAAUCAAUCCAGUAACUCUUCUGUACCUAGACCACCAUUGAUGACACCAGUCCUGCAAAGAAGCAAUUCAGGAUCUGCUCCUACACCUUCCAGACCAAAUACAGCCUCAUCCUCUUCUGUGCCGUCUAAUCCCUCAAACCCACCACCACAAACUGCUGUUUCGGGCAACAACAAAAUUAGUGGUACCACGCCACCUGUCGCAAGCAUAGUCAAUCAAACCAUUGCACAGCCUGUUGAUCAAAAUGGAACAAACGAGAAGGGAACUAAUCAGAGCGGAACAACUCAAAUUGGAACCAAUCGGCAUGGAACAAGUCAGAGUGGAACAAAUCAUGGGCUCAAAGCCGGUGAAACUUUGACAGAGGCGGGUUUCGUGCGAAGUUUCCCUCAUCCACCAAUCUCCAGUUGA